GCUGUGCUGGCGUUAGCUGCUUCUUGGGUGUCAGGCAACAUGCGCACUUAUACCGGCACUGUGAUUGAUUCCGGCGAUGGUGUUACUCAUGUGAUCCCUGUGGUCGAGGGUUAUGUAAUCGGCUCCUGCAUCAAGCACAUUCCGAUCGCCGGUCGGGACAUCACCGGCUUCAUACAACAGCUUCUACGUGACCGCGAAACCAACAUACCACCGGAGCGUAGCAUGGAGACGGCCAAAGUGAUUAAAGAGAGGUCAGUUGGUCCCCUCAAAACGAGCCCUGGUGAUCGACUAUUAGGACGAGUUCGCCUGCUCGCCAAACUACCAUCCAAACUCGGCCCGGAUGGACAGAGCGUCAGCCAGGCUGAUAGAACGGUUGUCAACUCAACUAAAACACUCGUCAGCCAAGUUUUGACUGCUAUAGCUGUUGGCAUCAAGGCAUCGGGCCAUCUUUGUUUAUCAUAUUCGGCAGUCUGUCAGGAUAUUGCUAAAGAAUUCUCCAGGUAUGACAAUGAACCAGACAAAUGGAUCCGAAAGCACACGAUGCCUGCAACCCCCAAAUUUCCUGAGUUCACCAUCGAUAUUGGCUACGAACGUUUCCUCGGGCCUGAGAUUUUCUUCCAUCCCGAGGUAAUGUUUGCACGACCUCUUCCAAGUUUCAUUUCAUGUCUUGACUGUGCUCGGUGA